UUGACCUUAAACAGAUCAGUGUGUUCACCUUCUAGCUGUUGAGUGUUUUGCAUUAUUUCUCUGCACGAUGCGCUGCGUGUCUCUUUGUGUUCGGGGCGAGUGGUUCAGGGUGCCCUGUGGCGGCCCCUCUGCCUCCGUCAGGUCUCUGGGGUCUGAAGCCCUGCAGCGCUACCAGAGGGCCAAGAAUCUGGAGGAAGGAGACAUGGAGGACGGAGACAUGGAGUUCAGCCUGCGGAGGUUUCAGUGUGGAGAGCUGCUUCACCCUGAGGACAGAGCAGAGGACGUUCUGCAGGACAAUGAUUUUGUGCACCUGGUCUUUGCAGGGGAAGGUGCCAGACAUUACUCCUCUCCAAUGGAAAUGGCAAUGCAAAAGCCUUAUCAAGAGCCCAAAGAGUACAUUCAGCUGGAUGGAAACAGUCUGACCACAGCUGCUCUGGUCGACUUGGGGCAAGGCUUGUUCAAAAUAAAGUUAACGCCUGAGGCUGAGGAGAAAGCCAUUAAGUGCAGAGAGCUUAUUGAUGCUUUUAUAAGAGAAGGCAAAGUUGUCUAUGGAGUCAACACUGGGUUUGGAAAGUUUGCGCACACACUCAUACCAAAAGAGCAACUAGCGCAGCUGCAGGCGAACGUGAUUCGCUCUCACAGCGCUGGUGUAGGUGCCCCACUGAGUGCAGAGAGGACUCGCAUGCUUCUGGCUCUGAGGAUCAACGUCCUGGCGAAAGGCCACAGCGGCGUAUCAAUGGAAACCCUCAAUGCUAUGAUAAAGGCCUUCAACGCGUCCUGUCUGCCUGGGGUACCUGAGAAGGGCACGGUGGGAGCGAGUGGAGACCUCGCCCCACUGGCCCACCUCACCCUGGGCCUGAUGGGGGAGGGCAGGAUGUGGUCGCCACGCAGCGGCUGGGCCGAGGCCAAGGCUGUGUUGGAGGGCCAUGGACUCAAACCUGUCGUGCUGAAACCAAAGGAGGGGAUCGCUCUGAUCAACGGGACUCAGCUGAUCUCCUCUCUGGGAGCCGAGGCAGUGGAAAGAUCUCUCGCUGCGGCCAGACAAGCCGAUAUCAUCGCUGCUCUGAGUCUGGAGGCCCUUAAAGGCACCACCAGGGCCUUCCACAGCGCUCUGCACGCUGUCAGGCCUCACCCCGGACAGAUGGAGGUCGCUGAGAGGCUUCGAUCUCUCUUAGACUCUCAGGUCUUCCCUUCUCUCAUCUCAGAGAGUCAUAGAUCAUGCAGUCGUGUUCAGGAUCCCUACACCCUGCGCUGUAUCCCUCAGGUUCAUGGAGUGGUGAACGACACUAUCACUUUUGUCCAGAAGGUGAUUUCCACUGAGCUGAACAGCGCCACUGACAACCCACUGGUUUUUGCAGAAACCAGGGAGAUCAUAUCUGGAGGGAACUUCCAUGGAGAGUAUCCAGCCAAGGCCCUGGACUACCUGGCGAUCGGAGUGCACGAGCUGGCCUCUAUGAGCGAGCGCAGGACAGAGCGUCUGGUGAACCCGGCGCUCAGCGACCUGCCGGCCUUCCUGGUUCAGGACGGAGGUCUGAACUCUGGAUUCAUGAUCGCUCACUGCACCGCUGCUGCCUUAGUGUCAGAGAACAAGGUUCUGUGCCACCCGUCCUCCGUGGACUCCUUGUCCACCAGCGCAGCCACAGAGGACCACGUGUCCAUGGGAGGCUGGGCGGCUCGCAAAGCCCUGAGGGUCGUGGAGCAUGUGGAGCAAGUGCUGGCCAUCGAGCUGCUGGCCGCCUGCCAGGCUCUGGAGUUCCUCCGUCCUCUGAAGACCACCGCUCCUCUGGAGGGGGUCCACCAGCUGCUGCGCUCCGUGGUCAGUCCAUGGGACAGAGACCGAGUCAUGAGUCCUGACAUCGAGGCGGCUCACACUCUCAUCAGACAGCAGAAGCUCUGGAAGACAGUCCAGCCGUUCAUGGAGGAGUACAGGAAGAAGCUGACCACAUGAGGACAGAGAGGAAAGCUUUGUACAACUUGGGACUGUUUUAAGCAAUAAAAAAAGUGGAGAAAU